AUGGCAGCCCAGAUGAUCAGCAGUAUUGACUGGUUUCCACAGGAGGAAAAAACUAAAUAUACUAGGACUAUUCCAUAUGGAGAAGAAGCAGCUGUGGAGGAUAUGCUAGAAGUCUGUGAAGUGAGGAGUGGAAUGGAAAAGGUCGACCUCACGUGCACUUUCACCUUCCGCAACUCCAAGCAGACAUAUACAGGAAUUCCCAUUAUAGUGGCAAACAUGGACACUGUGGGGACAUUUGAAAUGGCCGUGGUUAUGGCAAAACAUGCAAUGUUCACUGCGAUUCACAAGCAUUACUCUCUGGAAGAAUGGAAACUGUUUGCUGCCAAUCACCCAGAAUGCCUUGAGCAUGUAGCAGCAAGCUCAGGUAGUGGAAAAGCUGAUUUGGACAAGUUAACAAGUAUUCUAGAGGCCAUCCCACCUAUCAGAUACAUCUGCCUGGAUGUGGCAAAUGGCUAUUCGGAGCACUUUGUGGAGUUUGUGAAGUCUGUCCGUGCUCUGUUCCCACAUCACACCAUUAUGGCAGGCAAUGUGGUGACAGGAGAGAUGGUAGAAGAACUUAUUCUUUCCGGAGCAGAUAUUAUUAAAGUGGGUAUCGGACCAGGUUCUGUGUGUACCACUCGGAUUAAGACGGGGGUGGGCUAUCCACAGCUAAGUGCUGUUAUUGAGUGCGCAGACUCAGCACAUGGCUUGAAAGGACAUAUCAUCUCUGAUGGAGGAUGCAGCUGCCCAGGAGAUGUCGCCAAAGCGUUUGGAGCUGGUGCUGAUUUUGUCAUGCUGGGAGGAAUGUUUGCAGGCCAUGACCAGUGUGCUGGAGAGAUUAUGGAAAAGAAUGGCAAGAAAGUGAAACUCUUCUAUGGAAUGAGCUCUGAUACAGCCAUGAAGAAGCAUGCAGGAGGAGUUGCUGAAUACAGGGCUUCGGAGGGCCGAACUGUGGAGGUACCGUACAGAGGGGAUGUGGAACUCACCAUCCUGGACAUCCUCGGGGGGCUGCGCUCCACCUGCACCUACGUGGGAGCUGCCAAACUCAAGGAACUGAGCAGGAGAACAACAUUUAUCCGGGUCACCCAGCAGCAUAGCCAGGUCUUCUCUUAGCACAGGACUGGGGGGCUGGGGAGAGAGGGGUGGGGGAGAGGAGCAGGAAGGGCUGCUGUUCUGUUUUGCUUCCUCCUCCAUGUUGUGUUAGUGGCAAACUCUCCUCUCUCUCAGAAUGGCAGUGUCAUAGCCAUUGGAGGGGCUAUGGCUGGGAUUUGGAAGGGGAAGGUCGUGCUGUUAACACAGUGCCAUUGGUUCAAAAUGCAAUAGCCUCAUCUUUUAUUGUUGUGCCUUUUUUUUUUUUUUAAUCAACAUUUCUUCACCUGUUUUUUUCCCCCCCUCUGAUAAAUAGCUGCUGAAACCUCAAUUAACAAGGAAUUGGCUUGUACAGACAUGGCUGUUAGGCCUGCACACAUGCACACAUUCCCUUUUUUAAGACUGACCUGUCAGCUACCACUGCUUCUGGCAGUGCACCCUCCAGAAAUUGCAGGCUGGGAGAGAAAAAGAUGCAAGGAAUUGCGUGGAGAAAUCAAAAAUCAAAUUCUCUUAAUCUUUGUUCUGGCAAAAGAAUGGAUGUUUGUGGCACAGCUGCCAGCCUGCAGAAUGUCAGAGGUGGAUGAGGCCCGGUUACUGGUGACUUCUUACUGUGAUGAUAAAAAUGCCAGAUCUCUUUCAGCUCCCAGAGCUGGUACUGCCGUUCUUACUUCAAUCUCCCUAUUCAAUGGACUUACCUCUCCAGAGGAGCUGGCACUGAAUGUUGCAAACCCGUGCUGUCCCCCCUGCCCGCAUCUGUGGAGAUCAUUCAGGAGAAAAUGUCUCAGAGCUUGCCUGCUUUUUUGUGCAUGCAGUUAUUGAGUUACCUGGGUUCCUGCUUUUACCUGCUCUCUGCGACCAGAUUUUUAAGACACUGAAAUUCAGCAACGGUAACCCCACCAAGGGGAGGUUUCUCUGCAGCCCUCCCUGUUCCCUUGCCUGCUCAUAUCCGUUUAGCAAAGACAUAGAAAUGCUGUGACGUGCGUUGUCUGUGGCCAGGUGAAUGAGGCCGGAGGGAUCAAAUUCACUUUUGGUUGUUUGGUACCGCUCCUCUGCAGUCCUUGACACCGUGAAAAGCAAAUGAGAGCUUUCGGCAGAGUAGCCUGAUUGCAAGACACUGGUAGGCUGAGAUGGAGUUAAAGCAUUUGCUCUGAAGGCAGUAAUGAAUGUUUAAGACUCUGGGUAACACUUUAAUAAAGUGUAACGGCCCGCUAAUUAAUUGAUAAAUCACAACGAAAUUUCUUUGGAAAUACACAUUCCGUCCACAUGGAUACCACAGUAGCUCGUUAUGAUAAAUGAUGUAAAAGUGAGCACCAAUGAAUUAAUAAUGCUUGGCCACUUACUUUAAAGAGCUGCUGAGAUUGUAAUACAGCUGAUGUUACAUCAGUACUUCAGAGUCUUACUUUCCCCUCCUGUAGAUAUCUGUAGAGAGAGGCAGGCUUCCUUUGAAAAGCGAAAGAGUGAUCUGUGGCGAAGAGGAGUGGCAAAGAGAAGCUCUAGAAUUAAGCUCAUAUGCUGGACCGCUCGGAAAGCCGUGCACAAGGAUUGGUGCAAUUGACCGUGCCGAGGAGCAAAUCCAGGCCACAGGCUGAUCCCUGGUGAUUUUGAAGUGUGUUGUGCACGUUAGAAAAAUCACAGAGUAUCUUCCAAAUAGCCUGGUAUUCUAAAUGUCUUCCAUUUAUCAUGUAGGACAUAAUUCUUAAUUGUGGUAUGACCCCUUCCUCUGCUUUGGAGGUGUAUUAGGGCCUUAAUGUGAGCACAGGUUAUGCUUGCGCUGGCUUUGAGGACCAUUUGUCCUGACCACGUAUCAUAAAGGGACCUGAACACAGACGAGAAGCAGGCCCUGUGAAUAAAGGAUCUGAGCUCUAAUCCCUCCAGCCUGAGAGCAUCAUGUUAAGAAGAUGCCAGGCUUCUUUAUCACAAAUCCUACCGCAGGCCAAAUACUGCUCUUGCCGGCACCGAGCCCAGGGUAUUAGUAAUACAGACAGUAUUACUACUCUGCAUCAGCAUGGCUGUAGGAGGUCACCGUUCCUUUAUUUACGUGGUGUGAAGGGCAGGGGUGCAAAGGCGCAUGGACACCUCCGUGAGGGAGCAGGGUUAGACCGCCAUGUUGCAGGCCUGACCACAGGCGCGUCUCCACACUCGUGCCUUCGUACGUGGGAAGUGCAGCAGUCUGCUGGUCUCACGCCUACUCUCGCUAGCGCUUUUCUACUUUCUUUAGCUACAUUUCUAAAUGGAAUUUAAGAAAUACAUAUACAUGUAUUAAAAAUAUAUAUAUUUGUAAACAUUUUUUUAAAAAGAUCAUACGCACACUGUACAGAGCAGCUUCAUGGCAUGUCUUUGGAACAGUUUCUUUUCCCAAGGGCAGGCGCUGGGGACAAGGGGGGGGCUGCCUCUCCACGGGUGUGGCAAGCAUGGAGCCUCCUCCCCGAGCAGGCUGCACCCUUCCACACCCAGCCUGGUCUGGGGCCACUCUUAACACCCGCUUUCCUUCCCCUUUCACACGUACCCCUGACUGACCGGUGACUAACGGGAAAGGAUGGGGAUAGGCUGAUUUUAAGUCGUCCCCCGAAUUCUCCAGGCUGUGAAUGACAUCGACGCUAAGAAUAGUUACUGAUAAAGCUUUGACUUAGGGUAUUUGGUUUUCUAAAUAGCAGCUCUUACCAUCAUUUUGAUAAGCAGCAUGUUUUCUCCUUCUCUCUCUGAAGUGAGCGGGAGAGAGAAAUCGGCUGCAGAAAGGCUGAACUGGUGGCACGUCUGCAUCUCACCCAACAUUACACGCGGGUUUUGUUCAGGGAUAACCCUCAACUAUGUCAGCGCUCACCACCUACACUGUACGUGUCCAGCUCUCAGACAGGCUGGAAAAUGGAAAAAAGAUGAGCUCGAGCCCCUCCUUGAAGACCCAGUCCUGUGCUGUAGUAGUUGCCCUUAUCUUCACUUAGCCCCAGGUCCUGUGCCCUGCUCUGGCCCGCUGCCACUGUCGCAAGGAACUGGGGGCGGAGGGGGAGCCGAGGGCGCGCUGUGCCUGGCAGGAUGGUCCAAGCAGAGACCACAACUACUGAUAAAUGCCACGUGCCAUUUGUGGAUCUACCUCACCUGCACAUUCAACCGGGUUCUCUGUUAUUGGUGUCCUUCUGUGGGAAGUGUCAUUCAUAAGCGCUUAGUGUUGGGUGACUGUGCAUAACCUGGUCUUCUUUAACCCUACCACCCCAACCCCAUCCUGUCUAGAGGAACACUGUGAAUGGGAUAACCUGCGCUGUAGGCCAAGGUCAUAGGUUCAUAGGUCAUAGGCCAAGGUUCCCCCAGCCAGGCAACUGUAGGGCACCUAAGAGCAAUGUUGAGGUUCGGCCCACUGGUUCUGCAGUGAUUUAGUUUAACCCACCAAAGACCUACAAGCAGGGAUGCUGAAAAGGGCAACGUUACAUCAUUAAAGCAAUCCCUGCUGA